GGAUGCCCAUUAGGCCCAAACAGAAUAUAAAUAUCUUUCAUAAGCGCGAAAGUUAACGGAUAAUAUCUGUUCCUUGUUUCCGUGCCUCUGUCUAUUGACAUGGCCUUCAGCUUAUGCAUUAAUGCUACAGUUUUACCUCAACAGCAAGGAAAAGCAGGUCACAGGAACAGUAGAUGUCUUGAAAGUGUCAGAAACCUUGUGAGAAAAUUUGAGGUUCCUUCAGUUGUGUGUGCUCCACAGGAAUCACUGCAAAAGGGCAACUGGGUCAAGCUUAUAUGCGGUGCAAGCUUUGAGGAUGCUGUUGAUAUCAGGAAUCUCUCUUUGGUUUACACUUUAGCCGGAGUUGAUUGCAUUGAUUGUGCUGCUGAUGAAUCAGUGGUUAGUGCUGUAAAUGACGGUAUUCAAGCUGCAAGAAAAAUUGUUCACAUUCGAAGGCCUUGGGUAAUGAUUAGCGUCAAUGACGAUAAGGAUCUUCACUUUCGCAAAGCCGAAUUUGAUCCAGAGGAAUGUCCACCGCAUUGUUCAAGGCCUUGUGAGAAUGUUUGUCCUGCAAACGCAAUAUCAUUAGAAGAAGACAAAUCACCAGCACAUUUCUCCUAUGGUACAGAAAUGCUAAAUGUUUUAAAGGGUGGAGUCAUAACUGAACGCUGUUAUGGCUGUGGCCGUUGCUUUCCUGUGUGCCCCUAUGAUAAAAUAAGAGAGGCUACAUAUGUGAGAGAUGCUACUGCUACUGCUGAACUUAUUAAAAGAAAUGAUGUUGAGGCCAUAGAGAUACAUACAAGUGGAAGGCAGAUGGCUUCCUUCAAGGAACUUUGGGAUGGUUUGGGAAACUCACUUGGAUGUCUGAAACUAAUUGCAGUUAGCUUACCCUAUACUGGGGAUUCAACUGUAUCUGCAAUGAACGCAAUGUACUCAGUCAUGGAACCUCAGUUAAAAUGCCUCAAUUUAUGGCAGUUGGAUGGCCGCCCCAUGAGUGGAGAUAUUGGCCGAGGUACCACAAGGGAGUCAAUUGCAUUUGCUGUCCGUUUGGCUGCAGCCAACAGCAAGCCUCAUGGAUUUUUUCAAUUGGCAGGUGGCACAAAUGCACAGACUGUUGAUGGGCUAAAAAGGGAGGGACUCUUUCAAUCAGCAUUAGUUGCUGAAGACAAUAAAUCAGUGGCCUCAUCGCCUUAUUCCGCAAAUGCUUUAAUUGGUGGGAUAGCUUAUGGUGGCUAUGCACGCAAGAUUGUUGGAAGGGUCUUAAGAUCCAUGCAAUCACAGCAUGGCCUUGCUUGUAUUGAGGAUUAUCCAGAGCAUCUCUUAGAGGCACUUACAGAAGCCCUUGGUUUGGUUGGACCAGUCAAAUGUUAUGAUCCAUUCCUGCAGGAUAGCUGAUGCAGAUUGAAAUUAUCUGUUUUCUGCAUGAUUUCUCAUUUUCUAAAACUUUAAUCGAGUCAUAUAUAUGUGUGUGGAAGCCAUAUUGAGGUAAAUAUUCAGCGCCUCUAUUAGAAAGUUUCAGGUUAACUUUCUCCAAACUCAAUUGCAGGAAAAGUGAGAGUUGCCUUCUAUUAUGUAGCUCAUCUCAUAGAUUUCCAAAAAGAAAGGUCAUUUUUAUGAUCUUGCAGCCCAUGGUUCUGCUGAACUGCCUGGGUGAAGAUGUAAAGCCUGCUUAUGUCUAACCAUGUUUCAUGAUACAAAAUCAUACUUUGUUAUAGAUAACUGGUAGUGCCCUUUUGACAUUCACGAAAAUAUUUUUAAUACUAGUUGUUAGAAUUAUUGGAAAUAAUAUUAUAAUUUAUUGAAAUUGCAUU